UAACGAUUUAAUUUCACAAUAUUGUGAUUUUUACAACCUACCUAUGUUGAAGAAUCAAUUGUUAAUGUUAUUUUUGCACUUUUAUCUCGAUAUUGUGUCAAUAUAAUUACCAAAUGCUUAUGCACUGGCAAAUAAUAUGAAAAUGAGUUCACUUAAUCUAUUAUAGAAUACCAUGGCUGGACGUAUAACUUCUGCUUCCAUUAGGGCAGUUGUUGGACAAAAAAAAUCUUUUAAGGCUGCACUUACCUUAACUCCAUCAGCUGUUAAUCAAUUAAAAAAAAUACUGUCUGGUAAAUCAGAAUAUAUUGGUCUCAAAAUCGGUGUGAAACAACGGGGAUGUAAUGGUCUAAGCUAUACACUCGAUUAUGUUACUGAGAAACAUAAAUUAGAUGAAGAAGUUAUGCAAGAUGGAAUCCGUGUGUUCAUUGAUAGAAAAGCCCAGUUAACAUUACUUGGAACUGAAAUGGAUUUUGUUCAAUCAAAAUUGACCUCUGAAUUUGUUUUUAAUAAUCCCAACAUUAAAGGAACUUGUGGUUGUGGAGAGAGUUUUAACAUAUAAACCAAAUAAGUGUGAAAUGAAUUGAAAAAUAACUCAAUGUUUUAUGCUGUAGUCGGUAGAUGAAUAACUUUCACAUCAUUUUCUUUUUAGAUGCUGUAAAUUUAAUUAAGUUAUCACUUGUCAAUAUUUUAUCAGUU